GGGAAGGGUUGGUUCUCUACUGUCUUUGCCUGUCCCCUCCACCCAACACACAUACACUAUUUCUCACUCUAUCUCCAAGACUCUAACAGUUUAAGACCAAAAGUCACAACCACAUUGGCUUUACUUGCCUUUUGUUUCUGUGCUUCCUAUGCAAUUGUCUCUGUCUUCUGCUCCCUCUUCUAUGUACCUACAAAUGGAGAUAAUGGAAUCAUACUUUGAAUUUCUUGUUAUUAUUUGAUAAACAAAUAAAUAUAUACUCUUCUCUUUUACCUUCCUUUUUCUUAUCUUUAAGUCUUGUUUGCAAUAUGAAAUUUUUUUCAUCAUUAAAAUGACUUCAUUUUUCAUGGUACUAUACCUUAGCCUUAACUUUUUGAAUUUCACUUUUUAGAAUCCACUUGGUCACACCCUUUUUUCUAUCUUUAAAUAAAGUUUGAUCAUUUUUUUCAAUUGUGGUGUUCUUAAUUCCAUUUGAGACUCUCUUCAAGAAACAAAGACAGUGUUCAUGGAAAUUGAUCUAAACAAUGAAGUGAUUGAGGUUGAGAAGAAUGCAUUGUGCCAUAAGGAAUGUGAAAAAGGUUUUUGUUUCUGUGUUUCUUGUUUGUCUCCUUCAACUUGUUCAUCUUCAAGUUCAACUUCACCACUUGUUUCUUCUUCUUAUCUUGAAUUAUGGCAUGCUUGUGCUGGUCCUCUUACCUCACUUCCUAAGAAAGGAAAUGUUGUGGUGUAUUUUCCACAAGGUCACUUGGAACAAUUUGCUUCUUUUUCUCCUUUUAAGCAAUUGGAGAUACCAAACUAUGAUCUUCAGCCUCAGAUCUUUUGCAGGGUUGUCAAUGUCCAACUACUUGCCAACAAGGAGAAUGAUGAGGUUUAUACGCAAGUUACUCUGCUACCUCAGGCUGAGUUGGCAGGGAUGCAUAUGGAAGGAAAAGAAGUUGAGGAAUUAGAAGGAGAUGAAGAGGGAGAUGGAGGGUCGCCUACAAAAUCAACCCCUCACAUGUUCUGCAAGACACUAACUGUCUCUGAUACCAGCACUCAUGGUGGAUUCUCUGUGCCUCGUAGAGCUGCUGAAGAUUGUUUUCCUCCUUUGGACUAUAAGCUGCAGAGACCCUCUCAAGAGCUUGUUGCCAAAGACCUGCAUGGUGUGGAGUGGAAAUUUCGCCAUAUUUAUAGAGGUCAGCCAAGGCGGCAUCUACUCACUACUGGCUGGAGCAUUUUUGUGAACCAAAAGAAUCUUGUUUCUGGUGAUGCUGUGCUCUUUCUAAGGGGUCAAAAUGGAGAGCUGAGAUUGGGAAUCAGAAGAGCUGUUAGACCUAGAAACGGUCUUCCUGAAUCAAUCGUUGGUAAUCAGAAUUGUUAUCCCAAUUUCCUUUCAUCUGUUGCAAAUGCUAUAUCCACCAAAAGCAUGUUUCAUGUUUUCUAUAGUCCAAGAGCAAGCCAUGCCGAAUUUGUUGUUCCCUACCAAAAAUAUGUUAAAAGCAUCAAGAAUCCAAUGACCAUAGGGACAAGAUUCAAAAUGAGAAUUGAAAUGGACGAAUCGCCUGAAAGAAGGUGUAGUAGUGGUAUGUUGAUUGGAAUAAAUGACUUGGAUCCCUAUAGAUGGCCUAAAUCAAAAUGGAGGUGCUUGAUGGUAAGAUGGGAUGAUGAUACUGAGACUAAUCAUCAAGACCGAGUAUCUCCAUGGGAGAUCGAUCCUUCUUCUCCUCAGCCUCCCCUAAGCAUUCAGUCUUCCCCAAGACUGAAGAAACCGCGGACCGGUCUACUGGUUGCCUCACCCAAUCACCUCAUCACUGGUAUGAAUCCUAAUGCAGGAAUCAGUGGAAUGAUGGGUUUUGAGGAGUCAGUAAGAUCACCAAAGGUCUUGCAAGGUCAAGAAAAUACAGGUUUUAUGUCACUAUACUAUGGAUGUGACAAAGUAACCAACCAGCCAGGUUUUGAGUUGAGCACUUCAAGUCAUCAUCAAAACCUUGCAUCAACUGGAAUAGGAAAAGUAGUUACCUCUUCUGAGCUUAUGAGUGUUCAUCCUUUCAGUUAUGCAGGCUUUAUGGAAAGUAACAACUUUCCAAGGGUCUUGCAAGGUCAAGAAAUAUGUAAACUGAAAUCCCUUUCAGGAAAAGUUGAUUUCAACAUUGGAGCUUGGGGAACCAAGCCCAGUUUUCAAUCUGCAUGUUUUCCUUAUGGAGAUAUUGACAAAUCCAAUCAAGCUAGCAUGUUUAGCUCAAAACACACCAGUUUCAUGAGUGAUAAUGUCCCGUUUAACACGCCAUCGAUAGUGGCAGGGGACAUUAGAAAAGAAGUUGGAAGAUCUGGAUCUAAUCUCCUUCCAAAUGAGCAUAAGCUGCAGGACAAUGUUUCUGCUUCUGCUUCAUUAGUGGAUACUAAUAGAAAUGCUCCAAAUGAUAACAAUGUCAAGGGAAAGGCAAAUUCCUGCAAACUAUUCGGCUUUCCUUUGUCUGGCGAACCUAGUAGCCAAAAUUUACAGAACACGGCAAAAAGGAGUUGCACAAAGGUUCACAAGCAAGGAAGCUUAGUUGGAAGAGCCAUUGAUCUCUCUAGGUUGAGCGGCUACAAUGAUCUUCUGAGUGAACUGGAGAAACUAUUUGGCAUGGAAGGACUUCUUAGAGAUUCUGAUAAGGGAUGGAGGAUCCUCUACACUGACAGUGAGAAUGACAUAAUGGUUGUGGGGGAUGAUCCAUGGCAUGAGUUUUGUGAUGUGGUGUCGAAGAUCCAUAUAUAUACCAAAGAAGAAGUGGAGAAGAUGACAUUUGGGAUGAUGACCAAUGAUGAUACUCAUAGCUGUUUGGAUCAGGCACCAGUUAUUAUUGAACCUUCAAAGUCUUCCUCAGUUGGUCAGCCAGAUUAUUCUCCAACAGUAGUAAGAGUCUAAAGUUUCAGGGUUGUCUUGAGUUUGUGUUGGUCUUGCUUUUGUACAAAUAUAAUUAUCUACGUAUAAUUUGAUGUUGCAUUUUGGUUACUAUCCUUUUGAGCUUGUUAGCUCAGCAAAAAUUGCAUGGUCAGUGCCAGAAAGAUUGACAAUUAAGUGCACUAAAUAAGUGCUAGUCUUGGAAGUUGGCAUAAUGUAAUAUAAGCCAAUAUCUCUUGAGAAUUGUGUACUCUAGAAUUAUGGUGGUGGUUUUCAUAUUUCAUGUCAUGGUGGUGUAAUAUUACCAAUAUUGUUAUGAA